AUGCUGUACCAAGCCGGGUCAAUCGAAGAGGCCGCGGAGUCCGAGGAGGAAGAAGCGGAGGGGGAGGAGCCAGCGCGCGGGGAAGGUAGUACCGCCGGGGGAGGCGGAGCGGAUGGGUGGGGGGGAGGAACGGGGGAAACUGACGGGCAAGAUGGCCGCGAGGGAACUGCGCCUGGGGGAGCCAGAGAAGGGGGGAAUGAAGCGGGCAGCGGACAGAGAGUCAAGCGGGGGAAGCUCGGGCGAGUGAGCUUUGCUGCUGGCACGUGGAAACUCGGCGUUGACGGCGCAAUGGAGGAGGUUAAUAACGAGGAUGCGGCAGAUGACAGUGGAAUGAAUGCACCCUACGGCGACGGGCAAAGCGGGGUCGCCGGUCUCGGUGCUGACACGUGGCACUCCGCCGCCGCCGGCAUCUUCGCUUCCGCCGCUUCCGGCAUUUCGUCCGCUUCCUCCGCGUUCCCCGGCGAUUCCGACGCGGAAGAGCCUUCUAGCGGCCCGUCGUCGUCGGCCUUCUACAACGAUCUAUUUGGGAUCGGCGAGGCGCCGUUGAUCAACCUGAUCCGACGGUACCACGACGCGCUCACCGCGCACGGGCUCGCGGACGAGGCGCAGGAGAUCGCCGCGUCCGCCGCCGCGCGCCUCGUGAGCAUCAAGAGCAUGGCUUCGCGCAGGCGGGGCGCGGCGGACGAGGAUGAGGCGGAUGGGGAUGAAGAGGAUGAGGAGGGGGACGGGAAAGGGGGAGAAGGAGGUGGGUGGGGGCCGGGGCGGAUGGAGAACGGGGAGGAGGGGGAGGGGGAGGGGGUGAAGAGCGAGGUGAUGGUGAGGGAGGGGUUGCAGAAGUAUCUGAUUGCCAUGCAGCCCAACCUGCUGUGCGCGCAGCCGCAGGUGGUGACAUUCAGCCACGUGGCAGUGACAAAGAAGGUGGUGGUCAUCCCGGAUCAAAUCAAAAACUGCUUCAACGCGGUGAGAAUGGGGGAGCGGGCCGGUUUAACUUCCAAGAAUCCACACAAGGGUGGAGAGAGGGGCAUUGUGAGAGUGGACCGUGGGAGGGGUGGUGAGCCAUGCCUAACUGGGGGGACUGGGGGAUGUGGUGAGAAUAGUGGCAUGCAAGGGGGAUCGAAGGGAGGUCACUGGCUGCUGUACGAGGCAGCACCAUGCCACAAGGCCAGGCCGUUUUCAACAAUGCAGGCAGUGCGGAAGCAGCAGUCGACUUUUGAGUCGACCAAAAGGCACCUAAUGUGCUCUUGUCAUCCCCUCCUUGACACCCUUGCUCACUGCCUAUCUUCCCCUCUCUUUGCUCCUCCGACUGCCCUUCUUUUCACACCUCGCUUUGCCCCUCUUUUCCCCUCUGUCCUUCUGUCCCACUCUCUCCAACGGUCCUUCCCGUAUUUCAAGCUCAAGGCCAUCGCGGGCUUUCAGAAAAAGGAGACCAUUCACGUGCUCGACGAUGUCUCAGGCUUCCUCAUGCCAGGGACUCUCACACUCCUCCUGGGAACCUCAGGUAGCGGCAAGUCCAUGCUCAUCAAGCUGCUAGCCGGCCGCCAGCCCGCCACCACCGGCACCGUCUCGUUCAACGCGCACCCCAUCACGCCCUCGCGCGCGCACCGCCUCGUGGGGGUGGGCUUCGAUGCCGACUGCCACCUCCCCGCCCUCUCCGUGCACGAAACCCUCGCCUUCGCCCGCCACUGCUCGUACCCGCUGUCAGCCAAGCAGCUGCUGCAGCACCCCAUGCUGAGCAAGGCGCUGCGGGCGAGCAUAGAGAGGGGCGAGGACCCUCUGGUGGCGUCCCGAGAGGCCAUGUUUGGGCUGCGACGGCAUGCGGGAGAGAAGGUUGGGUCGGGGGCGCUGACCAGAGACGAGGUGCACCGGCUGACUGCUGCUGAGCUCAUGGUUGGCGCUUACCCGGUGAGUGCUGAGGCGGGUUUAGAAGGGCGCAUGCACGGUGCGUUGUCUCUCCCUCUUCUUCCUCUCUCCCAAACGCCUCUCCUCUCUCUCCCCCUUGCCUCUCCCCUCUCCCUUCUCCCCUCGCCUCCUGUCCUUCCCCUUCUCUUCCUCUAUCCCUGUUCUCCCGUGCUGCUGUUUGAUCGCAUCAGCCAGGUGUAUGAUGGGCCCUCCACACACAAGACGCUCACCAUGCUGCGCACCCACGCACAGGUGCGGCAGCACGCGGUGCUGUGCUCGCUGCAGUCGCCCACACAGGCGGUCUUCUCCCUCUUCGACCGGGUCAUCGUGCUCAACCAGGGCAACAUUGUCUACCAGGGCCCCUGCCACACCGCGCUCCGACACUUCCAGCAGCUCGGUUCAGCACGUUCCGGUCCCCUCUUUCCCCAACCUUUCCUGUCCCCUCUUUCCCCACCCCUUCCUGUCCCCUCUUUCCCCAACCUUUCCUGUCCCCUCUUUCCCCACCCCUUCCUGUCCCCUCUUGCCCCACCCCUUCCUGUCCCCUCUUUCCCCACCCCUUCCUGUCCCCUCUUUCCCCAACCUUUCCUGUCCUCUCUUUCCCCACCCCUUCCUGUCCCCUCUUUCCCCACCCCUUCCUGUCCCCUCUUCCCCUCCCCUCAGAUACCUGAAGCCACUGCACAUGUGAGUGCCAGGUUAUCCGCAGCGCAGCACGUCAAUGCCCUUACUGACUUGCCUUGUCCUCAUUCCCUCACUCGUACCCACUCCCCUCUCCUCCCAUCUCUCCUGUCCCCCCAUCGGCCCAUCAUCUCCCCCCCCCCUCUCAGCUACCUGAAGCCACUACACAUCCACUACACAUGUCAGUGCCAGAGUAUCUGCAGCACGUCACCACGGAGGGAGGGGGCGCCCUCAGAUCCGGCAAGAGGAAGCUGCUGCUCGAGGGCUUCGGUGAGUGCGGUGCUGCUGAGGGAUUCGGUGAGUGCGGUGCUGCUGAGGGAUUCGGUGAGUGCGGUGCUGCUGAGGGAUUCGGUGAGUGCGGUGCUGCUGAGGGAUUCGGUGAGUGCGGUGCUGCUGAGGGAUUCGGUGAGUGCGGUGCUGCUGAGGGCUUCGGUGAAUGCGGUGCUGCUGAGGGAUUCGGUGAGUGCGGUGCUGCUGAGGGAUUCGGUGAGUGCGGUGCUGCUGAGGGAUUCGGUGAGUGCGGUGCUGCUGAGGGAUUCGGUGAGUGCGGUGCUGCUGAGGGCUUCGGUGAGUGCGGUGCUGCUGAGGGCUUCGGUGAGUGCGGUGCUGCUGAGGGAUUCGGUGAGUGCGGUGCUGCUGAGGGAUUCGGUGAGUGCGGUGCUGCUGAGGGAUUCGGUGAGUGCGGUGCUGCUGAGGGAUUCGGUGAGUGCGGUGCUGCUGAGGGAUUCGGUGAGUGCGGUGCUGCUGAGGGCUUCGGUGAGUGCGGUGCUGCUGAGGGAUUCGGUGAGUGCGGUGCUGCUGAGGGAUUCGGUGAGUGCGGUGCUGCUGAGGGAUUCGGUGAGUGCGGUGCUGCUGAGGGAUUCGGUGAGUGCGGUGCUGCUGAGGGAUUCGGUGAGUGCGGUGCUGCUGAGGGAUUCGGUGAGUGCGGUGCUGCUGAGGGCUUCGGUGAGUGCGGUGCUGCUGAGGGCUUCGGUGAGUGUGGUGCUGCUGAGGGAUUCGGUGAGUGCGGUGCUGCUGAGGGAUUCGGUGAGUGCGGUGCUGCUGAGGGAUUCGGCGAGUGCGGUGCUGCUGAGGGAUUCGGUGAGUGCGGUGCUGCUGAGGGAUUCGGUGAGUGCGGUGCUGCUGAGGGAUUCGGUGAGUGCGGUGCUGCUGAGGGAUUCGGUGAGUGCGGUGCUGCUGAGGGCUUCGGUGAGUGCGGUGCUGCUGAGGGAUUCGGUGAGUGCGGUGCUGCUCGAGGGAUUCGGUGAGUGCGGUGCUGCUGAGGGCUUCGGGUGUGCCUGGGUUGGUGGGGAGGGUGUGCCUGGGUUGGUGGGGAGGGUGUGCCUGGGUUGGUGGGGAGGGUGUGCCUGGGUUGGUGAGGAGGGUGUGCCUGGGUUGGUGGGGAGGGUGUGCCUGGGUUGGUGGGGAGGGUGUGCCUGGGUUGGUGGGGAGGGUGUGCCUGGGUUGGUGGGGAGGGUGUGCCUGGGUUGGUGGGGAGGGUGUGCCUGGGUUGGUGGGGAGGGUGUGCCUGGGUUGGUGGGGAGGGUGUGCCUGGGUUGGUGGGGAGGGUGUGCCUGGGUUGGUGGGGAGGGUGUGCCUGGGUUGGUGGGGAGGGUGUGCCUGGGUUGGUGGGGAGGGUGUGCCUGGGUUGGUGGGGAGGGUGUGCCUGGGUUGGUGGGGAGGGUGUGCCUGGGUUGGUGGGGAGGGUGUGCCUGGGUUGGUGGGGAGGGUGUGCCUGGGUUGGUGGGGAGGGUGUGCCUGGGUUGGUGGGGAGGGUGUGCCUGGGUUGGUGGGGAGGGUGUGCCUGGGUUGGUGGGGAGGGUGUGCCUGGGUUGGUGGGGAGGGUGUGCCUGGGUUGGUGGGGAGGGUGUGCCUGGGUUGGUGGGGAGGGUGUGCCUGGGUUGGUGGGGAGGGUGUGCCUGGGUUGGUGGGGAGGGUGUGCCUGGGUUGGUGGGGAGGGUGUGCCUGGGUUGGUGGGAGGGUGUGCCUGGGUUGGUGGGGAGGGUGUGCCUGGGUUGGUGGGGAGGGUGUGCCUGGGUUGGUGGGGAGGGUGUGCCUGGGUUGGUGGGAGGGUGUGCCUGGGUUGGUGGGGAGGGUGUGCCUGGGUUGGUGGGGAGGGUGUGCCUGGGUUGGUGGGGAGGGUGUGCCUGGGUUGGUGGGGAGGGUGUGCCUGGGUUGGUGGGGAGGGUGUGCCUGGGUUGGUGGGGAGGGUGUGCCUGGGUUGGUGGGGAGGGUGUGCCUGGGUUGGUGGGGAGGGUGUGCCUGGGUUGGUGGGGAGGGUGUGCCUGGGUUGGUGGGGAGGGUGUGCCUGGGUUGGUGGGGAGGGUGUGCCUGGGUUGGUGGGGAGGGUGUGCCUGGGUUGGUGGGGAGGGUGUGCCUGGGUUGGUGGGGAGGGUGUGCCUGGGUUGGUGGGGAGGGUGUGCCUGGGUUGGUGGGGAGGGUGUGCCUGGGUUGGUGGGGAGGGUGUGCCUGGGUUGGUGGGGAGGGUGUGCCUGGGUUGGUGGGGAGGGUGUGCCUGGGUUGGUGGGGAGGGUGUGCCUGGGUUGGUGGGGAGGGUGUGCCUGGGUUGGUGGGGAGGGUGUGCCUGGGUUGGUGGGGAGGGUGUGCCUGGGUUGGUGGGGAGGGUGUGCCUGGGUUGGUGGGGAGGGUGUGCCUGGUUGGUGGGGAGGGUGUGCCUGGGUUGGUGGGGAGGGUGUGCCUGGGUUGGUGGGGAGGGUGUGCCUGGGUUGGUGGGGAGGGUGUGCCUGGGUUGGUGGGGAGGGUGUGCCUGGGUUGGUGGGGAGGGUGUGCCUGGGUUGGUGGGGAGGGUGUGCCUGGGUUGGUGGGGAGGGUGUGCCUGGGUUGGUGGGGAGGGUGUGCCUGGUGACGGUGGGCGAUCGGGGUGAGAUGGAGUAUGCGAGGUAUGCGGGGGGGGAUGUGCCGGUGGUGGAGAUAAUGGAGAUGCUGGAGGAGGUCAGGGACAGCGCCACAUGGCUGCAUCUGGAGCUGCAGCGACCCCUCCAUAUAGUCACACAGCCGGAAAAGGCAACUCAGUGUGGCAGCAGCGGCGAGGAGGAGGAGCAGACGGAACACCUGUUGACGAGUAGCAGCCAGGCUCCCAGCGACGUGGAGGCCGGCUGUGCUGCUGCUGCUGGUGGGGCAGCUGGUGAGAGUGCACAGCAGGGAGCUGCGGCGGCUGAGCCCCCGCCUGGCAGUGCUGCUGCUGCAGGCGCAGAGGCAGAGCAUGUGGAGGCCAAGGCCAAUGACAAUGACACGCGUGUUGACAUCCAUGACCAUGACACCCCUGCUGACGCCGACGACACACACGCUCUGGUCAGCCACAUUGCCCGGUGCGACAGCGCCCGAGGAGCAGCAGGUGAGGACGACAAGGGAGAGCAUGGAGAGGAGGAGGCAGACGCGGUCGCAGCAGCGGGGAGCAAGAAGCGGGGCAACGCGAGGGGCAUCCAGUCGCUCCCGAAGGCCAUCCCCCACGCCAUCACGAAAGCCUUCAAGAGCAUCGGCCUCUCUGCAUUCAAAGGGCUGCAGGGCAGCAGCAGCAGGAGGAGGAGCGGCGCGUUCAUGCAGCUGCAGGGGGUGAAUGCCGCAGGGGCUCUUAAAGCCAUGAACCUGUCGGCUGCGGCGGCGGCGUCGCGCGCGGCGGUGAUGGCGGGGCUGUGGGGCGGGGUGAACAGAGAGCUUCUGCGCAAGGAGUUGAUUCUGGACAUGUGGCCUGAGUUUAAGUUGUUGUUGAGGCGGCAGUUGCAGGUCAAUCUGCGCAACUGGAGCUUCAUUGCUGCCCGCCUGCUGCUGGUCACCCUGCUCGGCCUUUUCGUGGGAUUUGAUUUCUUCCAGCUCCCAGCCGAACCGCCGUCCUUUGCGCACCUGAACCUGCGGAGGGGCGUGAUGCAGAUAUCACUCAUCACCAUGACGGUGAACAACGUGAGCCUGCUGCCGGGCUACAUGCUGGAGCGCCAGGUGUACUUCAAGCACCGCAGCGCGCGCUUCUUCCGCACGCGCUCCUACGCGCUCUCGCAGCUCAUUGCCAGUUUACCUCUGUCCAUUGUCGAGGUGUACUUCAAGCACCGCAGCGCACGAUUCUCCCGCACGCGCUCCUACGCGCUCUCGCAGCUCAUUGCCUGCCUGCCACUCUCCAUUGUCGAGGCGACCAUCUGGUCGGUGCUGGUCUACUUCCUCUCGGGCCUCACGCUCUCAGACUACGGGGCGCACUUCUUCAUCUUCCUCUGCGUGCUCUCCCUCGUCGCCAUCCACGGCGCCGCCAUGAUCCGCUUCAUCUCCUUCACCUCCCGCACCCUCCGCUCCGCCGCCUUCGCUGCGGCCAUCUUCAUGGGCCCCGGCAUGUUCCUCUUCGGCCACAUCCUUGUAGCGAAGGCGCUUAUACCGAGUUUCUGGAUCUGGCUAUACUGGAUCAACCCCAUGCAGUGGGCAUCGACGGUCCUAGCGAUCAACGAGCAGCGGAAGUACGUUCCUGUGCAGUUCUGCCCGGCUCCUGCGCUCGUCCCGACCAACAUGCCGUACUGUGUGGGGCGCGAGAACUGGUCGAUCGGCCGAGCGUACAUGGAAGAGUACAGCUGGAACUACGAAUGGGGGUAUUUGAUCGCAGGGCCGUUUGUGAUUCUCGCGUGGAUUGCCAUUUGGACGGUGGGGACGUUUCUGAGCAUGCGGCCGCGGCACUACAGCACCUUUGCUGCGCCCGUGAGAGUGCUCUCAGAGGCCAAGCGCGGAGGGAAGCGGGCUGGUGCGAGGGAGGAGGGGAACGGGAAUGGGACUGGGGGAGGAGCAACUGGGGGAGGAGCAACUGGGUCAGUAGCAGCGAGGGUUUUGGGGGCAGUUACGGCUGCCAUGGGGGGUUCAUGGCAGCGGAGGGGCAGUGGGAAGGAGGGAGCAGCAGCGGGCGGAGGAGAGGGCGCCUCCCAGAAGAAGCCUGGCGGAGCAGAGGAGCAGGGAGGGAUGGGAGGGCAUUCGAGCUACAGGGAUGUGGAGUGGGGUCCUGGUCCUGCCGUUUCGAGGGACGGCCAUGGAAGCUCAACAGCAGAAGAAGCAGCAGUGGCAGCGGCGGCAGCAGCGGCAGAGGCAGCAGGGGCAGCAGAGGCAGCGAUCAUGGACUGCAACAUUCCCUUCACCCCGUACAUCAUCACGUUUGAAAACCUCUCCUGCUCCGUGCCGCUGCCCUGCCCGCCCGAGGCUGCCUGGGGGAAGUCUUCUUCGGUGGGCGCUGGUGGGGAGGCGAGGAGGCGGAGUGAGGCGAGUCGGUGCCUGGUGCGGGGGGUGACGGGGUGGGUGAAACCGGGGGAGGUGACAGCUGUGACAGGCGCCAGGGGCACCGGCAAGACCACUCUGCUCAACUGCCUCGCAGGUCGCAAGAUACCAGGCAAGGUGAAUGGCCGACUGCUGGUGAACGGCAAGCCAAGGGAGCUCCCAUCAUUCCUGCGCACCACAGCGUACAUCCAAGGUGCCGACCUCCUCUACCCGCUGCUCACCCUCCGAGAGAGCUUGCUGUACCGCACCACCCUCACUCUCCCCGACCAAGUGCAAGACGAGCAACGCCGCGCGUUCGUCGCGCAGAUCUUGUCUCUUACGGAGUUCAAGGGCGGCAUGACGGACAGUCUGGUGCAGGAUAUUCUGGCGGACGGCGUGGGGUCGGCGUAUGUGGAGAAGCGGAUUGUGUUUGCAAUGGAGAUGGCGGGCAACCCCAGCGUUGUGUUCUUUGACAUGCCGUUCCUCCGCAUGGACACCACUGAAGUGGCUAAGUUCUCCGGCAUGCUCAAGCACGUGGCGGCAGCAUGGGGGAGAGCGAUGGUGGUGGUGUCGAACGCGGUUACCGCCUUCCAUCUCAACGCCUUCCACUCGCUGCUCAUGCUGGGCAGCGGGGGGGACAUGGUCUACUUUGGGCCCGCGGGCAGGAAUGGGAACGCACUGGUGGAGUAUUUCUCAGCCAUUCCGGGCACGCCCCCAGUGCCGCCACACACGAACCCCAUCAUAUUCAUCGAGCACCUGCUGGGGGACGACGCCACUGCCACCCGGCAGCGCGCCACCGCGUGCGACUACGCCGUGGAGUACCGCGUCUCCGAUCUCGCCAUGCUCAACGCCCACCGCCUCUCCGCUCUCCGCCGCGGCGGCGCUGCUGCUGCUGCCGCCUUUGCUGACCACGCCGCUGCUGCCAAUCUCGAGGCUGCCAAGUCAAUGGGCAGGGAUGCUGCUGCUGCCGCCGCUAGUGGCGGUGGUGAGAGUGGGAGGGGAUUCGUUGAAUCAGGAGCGGGUGGCAUGGAGCACGAGAGCGCCAGCCUGGCAAUGGUGGCGUCUGACUCAGCGUGGUCCCUUGCUGCGUUGGAGCAGGAAGAAGCAAUAGCAGCCAAGGGGGCAGAAGCCUUAGCAGGGUCAGUGAGCGGGCGUGACACCGGUGCUGCUGCUGCUGCGGCUGUUGCUGCUGCUGCUGGUCUGACUGGAAGUGAGUCUGCGGAGGGAGAGGGAGAAGGAGGAGGGGGUGGAGGAGGGUGGCUGAAAGCCAAAGGCAUGAUUCGACGCCGAGCAGCAUCCGCUGCAGCAGCAGCUGCGAUAGUGUCAAACGCAGCAGAAUCCCACGCAGCAGCAGCCGCAGCUGCAGCAGCAGCAGCAGCAGCAGAAGCGGAAGCAGCGGCAACAGCAGCAGCGGAAGCAGAAAGCACCCCCAACGAAGAAGCCACGCCAGCCGAGCCGCUCCUCCUCAUGCCCGCGCUGCCGCCCGUGGCAGUGAAGCUCCCGAGCCCGUGGCGCAAGCUGAUGGCGGUGCAGUACAGCAUCCACCUCUUCUACUGGCGCAACACCUCGCACUCCCUCAACCGCAUCAUCCAGUCCUCCAUCCUCGGGCUCCUCAUCGGCUCGCUCUUCUAUCAAUACCCCGUGCACAACCUGCUGCAGGUGAGUACCCCGUGCACAACCUGCUGCAGGCCACCACAGCACAGGCGUUCCCCUCACAGUACUGGCGUUCGGCACGACGCGGCACGGAGGCACGAGAGUGGGGGGCUGGCCAUUCUGAUCUGCUCCCUUUUGCACCCCUCCUCUCCCACCAACCAACCCCCUGUGCGCCCCACGUCUCUUGUGCAGGCCACCACAGCGCAGGCGUUCCCCUUCGCAGUGCUGGCGUUCGGCACGACGCUGCACGGAGGCACGGCGGUGGGGCUGGUGAAUCAGACCAAGAAGGUGUUCACCCAGGAGCGCAUCUACAACCAGCACUUUGCUUUCCUCUACACGCUGGGCUACACCGUGGUUGAGAUCCCCUACCUGCUGCUCACCUCCCUCGCACUCGUGUCAGUGGCAGCGCCACUGGCAGGCCUGGCAGUGAGCAGCGCGACGCUCUUCUUCUCCUUUGGCCUCACGCAGUUCCUGGCUGCCCUCUCCGUCACCUACUUUGGCUUCAUGCUCUCUGUGCUGCUGCCCCACCCCAAGUACGCAGCAAUGGCGCAUUCCUUCCUCAUCACUGCAUGGGUUUGCGCCACAGCGUUGUACGGGGCAGUGGUGAUUUCCUUCUUCAUCACGGCGUGGGUGGCGACGUGUGGCUUCUUCCUGCCCUACGCCUUCACCAAAAACUUCUUCCUCGCCGUCUAUUGGACCAACCCCAUCCAGUCCCCUGAGGUUCCAGCUUUACCAAUCACCGCCCCUUUCUCUCUCUUCUUCUUCGCUGCACUCCUCCCAUCACCCAUCCUUCCCAUACCAGGCCUGUCUUCCCUCCUCAAUCUUUCUCCCUGCAACCAUUUCCUGGCCUACAGACCUACUGUUGUCCAGGCACAGUGUAGUCACUUGUCAGGAUUCUCUCAACUCCUGUGGCAUCGCCUCUGCACCAAUCUCCCCUCUCUCCUCUCUACCCCCAUCCCUCUCUUUCCCUCUGUCCUCAUCCCUCUCCUUCCCUCUGUCCUCAUCCCUCUCCUUCCCUCUGUCCUCAUCCCUCUCCUUCCCUCUGUCUUCAUCCCUCUCCUUCCCUCUGUCUUCAUCCCUCUCCUUCCCUCUGUCUUCAUCCCUCUCCUUCCCUCUGUCUUCAUCCCUCUCCUUCCCUCUGUCUUCAUCCCUCUCCUUCCCUCUGUCUUCAUCCCUCUCCUUCCCUCUGUCUUCAUCCCUCUCCUUCCCUCUGUCUUCAUCCCUCUCCUCCCCUCUGUCCUCAUCCCUCUCUCCCCUCUCUCCCCAUCCUUCUCCCCCUCUGCCCCUAUCCCCGUUCCCCCACGCAAGGCCCCGAGUAUCUAUGGAAUGGAACUUCCUGGUCCCCUCGCCACCAAGUCGGCACGCAGUGCUGUGCACUGGGACUGGCUCUUCCUCCUCUGCUUCUGCAUCUUCUGCCGCGUCACCGCCUUUGCUGCGCUGUGCUUCCUGUGCCACAACCACCGCGCAUGA